CACUUUUCGACAUAGUUGAGAGAAAGUGUCUCCAAAGUCCGACAGAUCAAGCAGAGAUUAACAUAUUCUUCUAAAAGAAGCUUGCACCGUCGGAUUCCAGGACGUGUUAUUUUCUCUUUCCUCCAACGUGCGCGCGUAACGCUAUCGCUUCUCCAGGAGCGCAAGCGCCGAGGCUGCCAUGUGGUGACGGCGUUCCCCAGUGAGCGUGCAGGAGAGAGAGAAUGAAAUGUACAUUGCGGAUGGAGGGAGUGAUGCAGCCACAAUACCGGACACUAGUGAAAAUCCUGAGGGUUCUUUUGAUUUGUCUCAUCGUCCUCGCCCUGACUUCAGAAGUUAACGCAGGUGGUAAGAAGCAUGGUGAGAUAUGCGGGGGCAGAGACUGCAGUGGCGGUUGUAAGUGCUAUCCUGAGAAAGGUGCAAGGGGCCAGCCCGGUCUCCUUGGCCCUCAGGGCCCCACAGGGCCUCCAGGACGAGUAGGUGACCCUGGCCUGCAAGGUCUGAAGGGAGAGAAGGGUAACUCGGGUCAGACAGGAAUCACAGGACUGAAAGGGUCUCAGGGAUUGAUAGGAAGUCCAGGGUUUCCAGGAGCAGAUGGUAUUCCAGGUCACCCAGGCCAACAAGGCCCUCGAGGAAAACCUGGCGCUGAUGGCUGUAAUGGAACCCGGGGAGAUCCUGGAAAAUCUGGCUUUGGAGGAAAUAAUGGUGCUGCUGGUGAAAAAGGUAAACCAGGUAUAAAGGGUGAGAAAGGGGAUUCCCUAGAUGUCAGCGUUUACAUGGAGAGAUUUCGGGGUGAACCAGGACUUCCAGGAUAUCAAGGCCCAACAGGCCCUCCCGGAAACAGAGGGUAUCAAGGACGACCAGGUCUCGCAGGUGCUCAGGGUGAAAAGGGUUAUAGAGGACCUCCAGGACCAAAGGGCAGUGCAACUAUAAUCCAUCCAGGAGAAAAAGGAGAACAGGGGGAUGUUGGAGAUCGAGGGCCACCAGGGACUGGUGAGUUAAGAGAGCCACCUAAGGGCGACAAUGGCGAUCAAGGUGACAAAGGUGAACCAGGAAAUAUGGGGUCUUAUGUCAAAGGAGAGAAAGGAAUUAAAGGAUUACCUGGAGGCCGGGGCACUCCAGGACAGAAUGGCUGGCCAGGAGCAAAGGGUGAUGCUGGGGAUGCAGGCAUUGAUGGGCAGCCAGGAAGCAAGGGGGAACCAGGAGAAGCAGGAGAGCUGAUCUAUUCAGAUGGAUACCCUGGAGUUAGCCCACCAGGUCCUCCAGGAGAACGUGGGCCACCGGGAACUGAUGGUCCCAGAGGAAAAAAAGGAUUACCGGGUCCCCCUGGGACAGAUGCUCAAGAACAGCUUAUUGAGUUGUUUGGCUCUUUUGGACCAAAAGGGGAAAAGGGGAGGAAAGGUGAUGCUGGGAAAAAUGGUAUCACAGCCUCAGAGCCUGGGCCUCCAGGUUUUGAUGGCCUACCAGGACCACCUGGACCACCUGGACCAAAAGGAUCAUGGGGUGUGCUUUUAAGAGGGCCUGAAGGGCCACAUGGACGUCCAGGAAAUGCUGGAGUGAAAGGACAAAAAGGUGACGAAGGUCAUUGUGAGUGCACUUUGCGAACCUCCCCUCCUGGACCCCCUGGAACACCUGGCGAUCAGGGUGACCCUGGAGUAAUAGGCGAGCAGGGUCAACAGGGUGAUCAGGGAGAUCAGGGACAAAGAGGCUUCACUGGUUUGCAUGGCUUUCCUGGGCCACGGGGGCUGCCUGGACUGAAAGGCUUGAAAGGAGAUAGAGUAGAGGUUAAAGAAAAAGGAUCACCUGGAGAACCAGGAGACCCAGGGUGGCCAGGUGAACAUGGAAUUCAGGGCAGAAAUGGGACUAGAGGAAUAGAUGGUCCCCCUGGACUUCGUGGUCUUCCUGGAGAAGGGGCAGUUGGUGAGCGUGGAGAGAAGGGUUACCCAGGAAGACCAGGUCUGCCGGGAUUCCCAGGAGCAGCAGGGGAACCAGGUCAAGUAAUCGGAGCAUCUAGGGGUGUUAAGGGUAUUGCUGGUGAUGCCGGAUUAAAUGGUUAUGAUGGACUCCCAGGCCAACCGGGUACUUCAGGAGACUGUAGUCUACAAGGAGAAGGAGGCAAGUGGAUUACAGCAGGGGAUUGUGCAGCUAUAUCUGGACGCCCAGGAGAAAUAGGACCUGCAGGACAACCUGGAUUGGAGGGAAUGCCAGGACUGCCUGGUCCAAAAGGAUUUCCAGGAGACAGAGGUAGGAUAGGAACUAAAGGAGAUCAAGGAGACCAGGGCAUUGGUGGCCCACCUGGUAAAACAGGUUUUACUGGACCUCGUGGAGACGUAGGCACUCCUGGACCAAAAGGUCUCAAAGGUUCUUCUGGCAUCCCGGGUAGACCAGGGAUUCAUGGUGAAUCUGGAGAAAAGGGUCCUAAUGGUGAAGCUCUAGGAGCAUCUCCUGGGCCCCCAGGUGAACGAGGGCCACCAGGACUGCAGGGGAUAAAAGGUCCCAUUGGAAAUUCUGGCACAAGUGGAUUCCCAGGCAUACACGGAAUGCCUGGGAUGAUUGGAUUCAAAGGUGAAUCAGGUCCUCCAGGAUUACAAGGAGAACUAGGAAGGCCUGGACCAGCAGGAAUAUUUGGUUUCCCUGGGAAGCCUGGUCACACAGGACUCCCUGGACCUCCAGGCCACACUGGACAACCAGGCCUAAGGGGAGAAACAGGCAAUCGAGGAGAUGGUGGUCCCCCUGGGCCCAUAGGGGUGAAGGGUGUAAGAGGAGAACCAGGAAGUGAUGCUGGGCCAGGAGAUUACGGACCACGGGGGGAUACAGGAGACCCUGGAUACGUUGGGCAGAUUGGUGUUCCUGGACUUAAAGGUGUAAAAGGCUCUCAGGGCAUGGCAGGUUUUCCAGGUAUGUCAGGAAAGACCGGUCCAGAGGGCAAUCCAGGACUGAAAGGGCUGGAAGGAAUAAUGGGCCUACAAGGAGAGAAAGGAGGCAUGGGCCAACAGGGGCAAAAAGGUGAAAGAGGAGUUAUGGGCCCUCCAGGUAAAAUGUCUGUCGUAGAAAUGACUCAUAUGAAAGAGGUUAUGAAAGGUGAAAAAGGAGACUUUGGACGUGAAGGAGAUCCAGGUUUUACUGGGCCCCGAGGGACCAAAGGAUUGCCGGGGGUUCCAGGAACAGAGGGGUAUCAUGGAUUACCUGGGGAACCCAGCCACAUAAAAGGUCAGCAUGGACAGGCUGGAGCUCAGGGACUUCCUGGUCAGAAAGGAAUGCCAGGCCCGACAGGAUCCCAAGGAAUUCAUGGUUUUUUUGGACCAGGUGGCUCUAGGGGGGAGAAAGGUUCACCUGGUGCUUAUGGAGCAAAAGGAGGGUUUGGAUUCAAGGGGUUCAAAGGUGACCAGGGUGACGUUAUCGAUCUCCCAGGACCCACAGGCCCUAGAGGGGAAAGUGGACAGCUUGGACCUUUAGGUCACAAGGGUUUCCUAGGUGAGUCUGGAGUAAGAGGAAGUCCUGGUUUUGAUGGUAUUAAAGGAAAUAAAGGGACUCAAGGCGAUCCUGGAGGAGAAGGGCUAUCAGGUGCUGAUGGCCUAAAGGGCUUUCCAGGAAACCAAGGCUCUAAGGGCUGGCCAGGAGUGCCAGGAGAGGCAGGAACCCCUGGUAAACCAGGACAUACAGGACAAAUAGGUUUUCCUGGCCUUGCUGGGAUUCCAGGAUUGCAUGGCCUUAAAGGUCAAAAGGGCCUUCCAGGUGUUGCAGGUCUUGACAAUUGGGGGAUACCAGGUGAGGAUGGAGAAAAAGGAGAAAUAGGAGAUCCAGGUAUUCCCAACACAGAGACUGGGAUCCCUGGAGCUUACGGCCUUAAAGGUUCAACAGGAGAUCCAGGUGAUCAGGGUGAACCAGGUCCUCCAGGAGAUCAAGGGCCCCCAGGAGCACAUGGAAUUCCUGGCAUAAAAGGUGUAUCAGGGGACAAAGGGCUUCAUGGUCAGAAAGGUCUUCCAGGCUAUCCCGGAGCCACAGGCCAUCCAGGUUUUCCAUCUCCACCUGGAAUUAAAGGAGGUCGUGGCAUUGAGGGGGAUCUCGGAACCUCAGGACCAAAAGGGCCACAAGGGGACAUUGGAGACGGUGGAUUUCCUGGACAGCCUGGUGUGUCAGGAGAAAAAGGGAUAAAGGGAGCCAUGGGAAUGAUGGGUAUCACAGGACCACGUGGUUUACAAGGUGAUAGAGGACUUACUGGAUCAAAAGGAAAUACUGGACCGCCAGGCUCACCUGGCACCCCUGGGGCUAAAGGACUCCCUCCAGGUCCUGAGAAGAUACCAGGGGAGAGAGGACCCCCUGGUCCACAUGGUCCACAAGGACCGCAGGGACUGAGUGGGGACAUUGGUCCUCAAGGAUUCCCUGGAGAUCCAGGUUAUAUUGGACCAAAGGGGCAAAAGGGGAUGCCAGGGGUGCCUGGUAUAUCAGGAACACCAGGUGUCCGUGGUGAUGUUGGACCAAUGGGACAUCAGGGCCUCCAGGGUCUAGAAGGGAACCGUGGCCGUCCUGGUACUCCUGGUCCCACUGGUAUGCCUGGACGCAGUGUGAGUGUUGGGUACCUGCUAGUGAAGCACAGUCAGUCUGAUCAGACUCCAAUGUGCCCUGUGGGAAUGUCCAAGCUGUGGGAUGGUUACAGCUUGCUUUACUUUGAAGGGCAGGAGAAAGCUCAUAAUCAGGACCUUGGUCUGGCAGGCUCCUGUCUCCCUCGUUUCAACACCAUGCCAUUCCUGUAUUGCAACCCUGGUGACAUAUGCUACUAUGCUAGUCGCAAUGACAAGUCUUAUUGGCUUUCUACAACUGCUCCGAUUCCCAUGAUGCCUGUGGAGGAGUUAGAUAUAAAGCCCUAUAUCAGUCGAUGUUCAGUAUGUGAGGCUCCGUCUGUGGCUAUAGCUGUGCACAGUCAGGAUACAACUAUCCCACAAUGCCCUACAGGCUGGAGAAGUUUAUGGAUUGGCUAUUCUUUCCUCAUGCAUACGGCAGCCGGUGAUGAAGGCGGUGGUCAAUCUCUGGUGUCUCCAGGCUCGUGUCUGGAGGAUUUCCGCACCACUCCUUUCAUUGAGUGUAAUGGAGCUAAGGGUACCUGCCACUACUUCGCGAACAAGCACAGUUUCUGGCUGACGUCCAUUGAUCAGAGCUUCCACAGUUCCCCUGAGUCAGAGACUCUCAAGGCUGGACAGUUCCUCUCACGCAUUAGUCGAUGCCAAGUCUGCAUGAAGAACCUGUGACUUGUAUAAACUUUGACCCGAGGGUAUGACAUUUUGACAUUUUUGUGUGCAGUCCAUUACAGAAUUCCAAGGUAAACUAUAAAGAGAUCAUAGUAACUGUUAUGUCCAUAAACCAAGCAGGAUUGCCGAAAUAAAGCUCGUUAACAGCUCCUAAUCACAUCAAUUAUAUACUGCAUACUUUUACAUCAUGAGUGACCCUCAGAUUUUAUUACUAUGUACCCUUCCCUGUGUGCCUAAGGACUGAAGAUAUGUAAAUGUGCUGAGAAAAGAGGUCAAACAAGCAUCAAAAUCUUAACAAUUUCAUUAUCUUUACUCAUGUUACAUUUGAAAUGGUGCUUUUCCUAACUUAUUACCUCACUCAUCAACGUGAUUUGUAUAAUUGAUAUUACCAAGACCAUCAUACAGCAGAACCAAAGACACCCAUGUUAAUGCACUGCUUCCCUUAUAUUCUUCUAUGUAUGACACUCCCUGUAGCUAUUAUAAUGUCUCAGUGUGACUUAUACAACUGCCAAAUGCUUUACACUAUAAACUAUAUGUUGUGUUAAAACCGUCUGAGUGACGCCUCAAAUAAAGUGUUGCUUAUAUUUUUAA